AUGUGGUUUUGGGGGGGAGCUUCGAGCGCUUUACCGCCGAAGGACUUGACGGACGUUUCUACACAGGACUUUUACUCCGCAGAUCGGCUGUUGAAUCUGCUGGAUUCGCUGCCGUCACUUGACUCCAUCGAUGAAAGAAACCGGGAUACCACUAUCGAGACUCUGCGCCAGGUGGCGGAGGUGCUCGUGUGGGGAGAACAACACAAUCGGGGGUACUUCGACAUCUUCUGCGAGCAGAAUGUCUUAUCAUAUUUUGUUGGCUUGGCCGAGCAACAGACGGUACCCAGUGCCGUCAAGGUGCAGCUCCUUCAGAGUCUAAGCAUCAUCGUGCAAAGCAUUAACAAAGAAACGGCAGUUUAUUACAUGUUCAGCAACAAUUACAUUAAUUCGCUGCUGAGCACGAGAUUCGACUUCGACGAUGAAGAAGUCGUGAGUUGGUACGUGUCGUUCAUCAAAAGCCUUUCGCUCCUCGUCAAUCCCGCUACAAUCAAGCUAUUCUUGAAUGAGAGGGCAAAACACUUCCCCAUCUACAGUGAAUCGGUCAAGUUCUUCUUAGCAAAGGAUUCUAUGGAUCCUGGGUUGCGCGCGUUUGUUGCUGAAAGGCCUAUUUUUUUUUCACACGUUGCCUGCUACCUGCGAGAGCUGUUGGAUGAUCAGUGUUCGCGCCUUGCAACCAACCGCGGUCCCUCUUUAGAUCGCAGCACCGAAGAUGGAGCGCUAGAAGUGGAAGAGAUGCUUUUUUAUGUUCAAGAUAUUUUCAGCCUUGGAGCUGAGGAAUUUUCAAAUCUCCUUGCAGAGCGCCUGCUUGUGCACUGCUACCUUCCACUGAUAGGUAUGCUUAGAUCGCAUGAUGACGGAGAAAAUGAAGGGAAGAAGUGGAGUCUCGACGAAGCGGGGACAGGCGCAAGUGAAACGCCCGAUGAAGGCGUAGAAUUUUCUGGCAGCAGUGACGAACCUUCGCGUAUUGGUUCCCCAGUGCACACAACCGAUGAUGACAGUUCAGUACAAUCCGACAAACGUCUGGAGCAGGGGUGGAUGUGGGGGUGGACUACUCCCGAGAAUUUAAAGGACACACGCAAUCUCAGUGGCUCACCAGACCAUUCGGGAGCCAAAGGGCAGAAUUCUUCACCCAGGCGAACCGUCGAUAUCAGUAAAUCGUGGAGGGCUCGAGCGGCAGAGGCAGUGUCUAGGAGGUUAGGGGAAACAAUGCUGCAAGGCAAAGUGGAUAGCAUGCCAGCUAUGACAGACGGAAGCAGUAAAGCAACUCCCUCUCAAGCGGUCGGCGAGGAGUCACAUCUGCUGAAUCUGUCAGGGAGCAACGCUAACCAUAACUUGGUGCAGCGCCUCAUUUUGUUCUUUCUGAUCCAGACAUUCAAUUGCAUUCAGAGUGAAAAGUUGCUUCGCCCACUUGUAGCCUGCCUGCUCAUUCGGUGGGUGCCGAAGCCGUUGUACGUCCUGCUAAUGGCCAAGGCACCACCUACUUCGGAGGCCUACAACAAUUUGCGAAAUCCCACUCAGUGUGCCGGUCAUAUUGAUUGUUUCCUCCCAACUCAAGAACAGUCCAUUAGCGAUGAUGCUAAAGGAGAAAGGUCUAAGGUUGAAGUGCAGGGUGAGGACACAAACCUAUUUACUUCAAGCAGCCAGGCAACCAGCGAGGCAUCCUCACCAGCCACGCGUGACAGCGGUGUGGAGUUGUCUACGCUUUCACUUGAAGAUAGGCUUAAGCUUCUGAAGAGCUCAAUGCACGCUUUGGAUGAGCUUGACCGCACUGAAGGAUUAAGCAACAAGGAAGCAUUGUGUCGUCAGAACGAGGAUCGUCAACAUUGUGGUGUCAGCCACGUUGCGGAAUCUGUCAAUACGGCGAAGGAUGAAUGCCCCAGCAGAUGGUGUCCCAAUCCUAUUCAACAGCAUUUGCUGACACUGCUCGACGGUUGCGAGUUCGCAAAGAAGCAGUGCGAUGUUUGCUUUCUAGUGCUUGGUAUUUUACUGCAAUCCAUUACGCGCAGUCCAUGUACUACAGCGGGGAUACUCAUGCAUGCAUCCAUGAUACCAAGGAUGGGUGCUAACGAGCUAUCGCGCACGCAGAAGUCGCGUACGCGGUUGAAUAGUGAACCAGAACCAUCAGCGCCUGAUCUUCUCUUGAAAGAGAAUGAUAAUAAGCAUCAAAAUCAACCAUUGGACGAGGAAAAAAGUUUGCAUUGGGGAAUUGAACGCACAGAUAUCGGCAAAAUGAGCUGGCAUUUCACGGCACAGAUGCUUGAUGCCAUUCAUGCUCAUCUAGCAAAUCCCCUAUUGCGCCCAAUCACACUCAGGGUUGUUCUUUCAGUGCUUACCACUCUUAUAACAGAGCACAUCCUGAAGGUUCAGAAUGUGGAGUACAAAACCAGGUGCUUGGAGAUGCUCGUCGACCGAGCGCUGAAGUUGAGGCAUGCAGCAGCCGUGGCUACAAAACUCUGUCUCUCUGCUCUGUCGGACGGUCACACGAUCGACGUUUUCUGGGACGAAUGGGAGGUACAUAGGGUGGGGUUCCUGACGGACUCUUUUUUCUCACGCGACUUCCGUAUUCUUAUGUCUCCCCAAGGUUCACAAGCAGGAACUAAUACAUUCCCUCCCUAUCUGCUCGUGGCUAUGACAGAUCAGGAGAUUGAACGGCGAUCUAUUCAGGUCUUCCUCGUUUUGAGACGCCUGCAUCGAGACCUAUCUACGAUUUUGAAUUCUAUCAGGACAAGGCCCGAUGAUGCCGAUGCCGUGGCGUGUGAAGCUUCGUCGAUUCUCUAUGGCAUGUCUUCUGAGCCAAAUCCUUUUGAAAGCGAAGAUAACGGAGACCAGGUUCUUCAGGUUGAUGACUCUAAGAUGUUGACACCGAUGUCUACAUCUAGUCAGUUUUCACACUAG